GUUGUGUGUCACGACCAUUAUUUGCAAUCUGAUUAUCAUCUGAGGUGCUCGUUGUCAUAAAAAAAUCUAAUACAAGUGUUUAACACUGCGAUUGGAUAUUACUCGAAGUGCGUAUUCACAAUGGUAAUCACAUUUUCUCUAGUGACAGUGUUUCUCUUUAGCUCUGGUGAAGCGCUUUUCUGCUGGAAAUGUUCACCGACAGAUGGUUUUGAAAAAGCAUGCCAUGAUCCGUUCCAAACGAAAUACUCCGCGCCUCAAGCAUAUGCCUUAGAAAAUUGCGAUGACCACAAAUCACAACACGACUCUUAUAAAUCGUUUUGUAUGAAGGAAAAGAAAUAUGCUAAUGGCCAGAUGCAAGUUCUACGUCAGUGUACGUGGAAACGAAAGGAUGACAACUCGUCGCUGUGUCCUAUAGGACCUAAAGUCCCAGGGACUGUUGGCGGGGAGAUAAUAUUCUGCGAAACUUGCGACCAUGAUGGUUGCAACCACGGAACUGCUGUUAAACUUACAAUGGCACUAUUAGCACCUACAUUAAGUCUAUUUCUUUUUAAAUAAAUUAUAGUCUUUUUA